AUGUACGCAACCAAGUUAUUGUGUGGCUGUCUUGCGGAUCGGAUGCUCGACAUGUCUCUCAGAAUCACCAACGUCAAGUUUCCUUCGGUAAUUUUUUUCAUUUUGCAUGAAUGUGUGGACGAGUGUCAAAAAGUAAUCAUCGCAAUAUUUUUUUCAUUAAAAAUUUUUUUUUAAUUUCUCGUGAGAAAAGUUAGGUUUUUCCCUAUGGCGACAAAACUUUUUUUCAAACUCCUGUUCUCAAAAAAAUCUUAGAAUAAACCAUUCAAAUAAUUUUUGAUGAAUUUAUAGGACAGUUCAAGCAACUUGAGCCUUCUUUUAGGAAAGUGAUUUUUUUGUGUUUUUUUGCCAGUAUGGAACUCCAAGGAAGAAGUUAAUUAUAUUUUUAUUUAGAAGUUGGAUGUUGAUUAUUAAAUAGUUCUCUUUAAAAAAAAUAACAUUCUUAAAAUUUUUCAAACAUACAAAGUUUCUACUACAUAGCAAAAAGAAAAAAAUGCUCUCAAUCUAUCAUGAAUUUGGUAGAACUAAACAAAAGGAGAUAUUCAUAAGAUUUGUUCGAAUAAUAAAUCAAUUUCAUCGAACUGAAUAUAUUGAUUGAACUUUUAAGUGAGGUUUCCAAAAAAGGAAAAGUUCGGAGGUUUCUGUUCUGUUUCCCAAUUUUUCGAGUUUUCAUCCUCAAGUAAAUGUUCUAGUUUUGUAAUCUUUCAGGCGAAGCAAAUGAAUCACACGGAUUCUGAGUACUUACAAUGUGAUUCCCUUAUAUCUCAUUUAUCCGCUUAAUCCUUCUUACACGACACCUUUUGACGGCUUGAGCAGAUGUCAGAUAUAUUUUUCGACUAUAUUGUCCAUGCCUUUGCUACAGAAACUUUCAGAGAAAAAGAGAAAAAAGGAUUGGAUUCCAGUUAUCAAGCUUAAAACUUCUGUAAAUUUGAAAUAAAAAAAAGCUCGAGGUCUGUAAAGAAUGAGAUUUGAAAAAAAACACUAUAAUCAAUUUAUCAACGUAGCCCCUUUUUAAGAUAAAAGAGCAGAUUUUUUACUAUCCCUAAUUUUUCUAGACUCAUGCCUCUGAUGAUGAGAACACGAAAUCCAGAGUUAAAAAUAUUCAAUAAUCCGGCAAAACUUUUUUGCGAGCACGUGGCUCACACCGCCCUGAUAAAGUAAUCAAAUGCUUAUAAAAACUGGCGAGAAAUGUGCACUAGGACUUCCUUCCGGCGUUUGCGACAACCGUCAGAAGUAUGCCUGCCCAAACUUUCGAUUCUGUUUUCUCUCUCUCUCCACGGAUUAUAAAAGCCAAAAACAAAGCUGAAGAUUGAAAUAUCGCUAUAUUAUCUACUUGAGAAGUCAUUUUACCUUGCGGUUGGGACCUCAACUUUGGCAAGAACACCCAGGAUGUACCAGGAAAGUGUAUAUUGAAAAGUUCAACCUGCACACUAUUCUAGUUUUUAAGAGAUAAUUAGAAUCCUCAAAAUGACCUAUUUUAACGGAUCUCAAAGAUUUUCGAUUUUGUGGUGUCUUUUCUCAAAAACUAACAGGUUUUGCAGAUUGAACUUUCACGAUCUUAUUCUGGUACACCAAGAAGAGCUUUGAUCCGUUUUCAGGUAAUUCCAAUCUGUAAAGUAAAAUGAACUUCCUUUUAAGCGCCCUUUUUGUGACAUUUUUCAAGAGAAUUAUGUUCUCCAUUAAGUUUCGCAAUUCUUUCAUCUUCUAUCUUCCAAAGUUAUUGGUACGACUAUAAGAAAAAUUUAGCAAUUUGUAUCAGAAAAACAAAAAGCGUCGUAUGUCCGCAGAGCGGUGUGGACAUCCAGCUGAUCUGCCUCAAUGUUACAAUCUUCCGUAUUGUCUGGGUCUAAACAGAUCACCGGCCAGUCGCUUUUCCACCCACAAACAAUUGUCGCCUAGUUUUUAUAGCCUCUUUUCAGCGAGUAACAUUUUUGGAGUUUUUUUUUCUUCUCUACGUUACAUCACAAGGAAAAAAUCGUGUUACUUGCUUCACCUUUACGCAAAAUUUCUGGAAAGUUCAAUCAAAUUUCAUAAGACACCCUAGGGACAUUCAUCGAAAAAAAAAGUGAAAAAAAAUCGCUAAACUUUAAUUUAUUAUCGGGAGAAAGGUAUGAGGUUCAUUUGAGGAUGAGGUUUUUUCCUGUAUAAUAAAACCCCUUUUGAUCACGUCACAGGUUAUUCGAGCAGAUUUUCAGAAGCUUUCUCGUCAGGAGCAAAUUUUUCCGAGCCACUAUACAUUUGAACAGAAUUUGAGAGAAAAGCUAGGUGGCUGCUCAAUUUUUUGUCCAGACUCAUAUCAACAAUGAAUAUCCAGUGGAGUGGGAAAGUUGCUGGGAGUGCUCGGAUCUUGAAAGGAAGAUUUAAAGCCGUUAAUCCUCUCGGCAAGCCAUUUUCCGCCCCAAUCCCAACUGAUAUCGUUGACUCGCAUCUGUCGAAUAGAAAUUGCGUCAACACUAAAAUCUUUUUUCCUACGCCCAUCCAUUUUUGUUGCCUUUCAUCUAGGGCUUCCAUAACUUAUUUCCGUUGAUUGUCCUUCUGUUACUAGUUGUUUCCAAUUGUGAUUUGCUCCCGUUGUUUAAAGUUACGUGGGAUGAAGCAACAAGAGAAGAAUCACAAAAAACCUUUCAAGAAGCUCAGAGCUUCGAGGAAAGAAUUUGUAUCGAAAUAUUUAAGUAGUGAUCACCUUUUUGGCGUGGAACAGUUUAUAUUCUCUUAAGAAGAUUCUCGGGAGUUAAUUAAGAACCUAAAACAAAAACAAGAAAAAAAUUUGCUUAAAAGUUUUGAGCGAUCUGCAAAAUUUCUGAUACGCCUUUUUCGUAUGCUUUCCGCUAUUUUGAGCUGAAAAGGGUGCAAAACCCUAGCGUAUGACUUACCUGGAUCUUGAAGUUACUUCUGCAAUUUUUUCCGAGUUCCCAGCUUUGUGAUCACAAAAUCUCUACUUUGCGAACUUAAGAAAACCUUUUUCAUCUGUGAACAUGAAAUUGUAGGAAGUAAGUUGCUAAGUCAUAAAUUAUGAAAAUGGCCUAAACUUUCAAGCCAAAAAACGAAAAUGGUACGUUUUUUGAGACGAGGCUUAAACAAAUCCGAAAUCUCACAUAAUCCUCCGGGCAGCCAACCAAUAUCGACCACUAAUUUCCUCGCAAAGAAACCGAGUGCUGAUAUAUGUAUUUCGGCUGCUCACGUUCACUUUGUUGUGCAUUUUCCUUUUUUAGCGCAUGAAAAUUGUGGGUCGACGGGGAUUUUAACAAAAUUAUUCGUAGGUCGACUCGAUGCCGACCAGCCGCGACUCUUCCAUGGAAACCACCGACAGGUUCCUGAUUCUUUAUAUACUUUUUUCCUAGGUUUUGGAUCAAAUUCAAUUUUCAAUAACUUUUUAAUCUAUUUGAAACACGUCAGAGACGGUGCGAAACAAAAACAUCUGUUUGUUAUGAGAAUAAUUCCUUUCCAAGGUUUACACUAUAGACAUUUUUUUUGAGCAGCCAUUCCAAAUAACUGCAAAGUUUCGGAUCAUAAUUAUUGAUAAUGGUAAGAUGAGAGAAAAAUAAUGGAAGUACAUUAACUUUGCAAGUUACCAUAACUUGCAUUAAGGAAAAAGUUAAACUUUCAGAUACCCUUUUGGGUACACGACGGAGUUGACAAGAGCGGAGCCGUCGGCCAGUACGGCAAAGCGGCUGAGACAGCGGUUGCAAAGACAGCAGAGUGGCCAGUCAGGUAAAACAUAUUUCAUUUCUCGAAAAAAUUGGAAUUUUUAACCCAAGUUCCGGUUUUGCACCAGCAAAUCGUUAAAACCUACUGAUUAGUGCUGAAAUUAUCGGGUAUACUAGGCGAGACAAAUAUGAAUCUACAUGGCGCCCUAUGUAACUUGAUUAUUUUUUCGGCACAAUUAUAGCUGCAAACGGGAAUUUCCAACGCAGUCUCCGUUUUCUUGUUAUUCAAAUUUUGAGGUUUUUUAGUUUUCACUCUCGGAUUGAAUUAUUUGUAGUAUGUAUCGAAACAAUGAUCUAUUUUAAGUUUCGAAAAAUCUUUAUUUCAACUUUUAAGUUUUUUUAGUGUGCUUUUUUUCAAUUUCCUUCAAAAAAAUUCCAUUGAAGUGUGAAUUUCAAAUCUUUUUGGGAUCUUUCUUUUCAAAAAAUCAUGUUUCAAAAGGAAUAUCUUUAUCAGUUCUUUUUCAAUUUCCUAUCAAUUUUGAGAUGGAAAAACUCUAAAAAGAUUUGCACUCAAAAAAUUUCACGCUUUUGAUGAGAUGAGAAAGCUUGACAACAUUUAUCUUGAAAACUAGAAGUUUGAGUAGCUACUGAAGAUUUCGACGAAAAGUUCAAGGAAAUAAAGCAAAAUUUUGAACAUUUCCCUCCUCACUAACAAGAGAAGUCAAUCCACUUAUCGGCUUGGACUUUCGAAAAUUUGGCUCAAUUUUUUAUCGAAUUCCUAGUAAAAGAUCCCUCAUAAUCUCUGCAUGCGGAAAAUUUUGGUUGUUGAGGUGUCCAUCAAAGUUUGCGGUUAACACACAAUUAUGCCUAACAAGGAAGACAUUUCAUUUCCCGGUUUCAAAAUUCUUCAAACUCUGCCUAAAACUCUUUGAAGGUUUAAAUGAGAUUCAAAGAGAUUAUGAAAAUGUGAAAAGUCAAGCUCAGAACUCCUAUUUCAAAACUUUUGAGAAACCGUAUUUCAAAAACUAAAAGUUGUCGCGGCUAUAAGAAAUUUUCCUCUGGACCUUCAGAAAGUGUUUGAGCAAAACUUUAAAAAGUUCCAAGCCGCGAAGUAUAAACACCUCCCUUGUUAGAUGGAUCUCCUCUUCAAUCACUUGACUUCUCAUCCAAUCUUCAAUGUUUUUGAAGAGAUUUUCUGUAUAAACAGUAGUAUCAGAACGAUGCAUCUGCCCGAUAUGCUCUUCUAUUUUUUUGGUAGUGCAAACGGCAGAACUCGUUCUUCCGCCUUGUCAUCCCGAAGUAUGUCCGUGACACUUUCACAUUUACAUUCAUUCUGUGUGCUGUUUUUAGUCCAGAGUCAUAUCUCACGGCUUCUUGUUUUUUGGUUUCCAUGAGGUUAAUGUAAAGGACGACUGGGAACAGUUUUUAAAAAAAUUCCAGAGAGAAUUAAUAUGAGCUUUGAAGAAAUAACAAAUUUCUCAACAAAAACUUUUUUUGGGUAGAUAUGAGAUUUGAUUUUUUUAAGUUUUUUUGAUAAAUACUCAAGGCAGCUGAAAGAAAUUAAAACGGUGAAAAACUUUGAAAAUCCAAAAUUUCUGAUGCGAUGAGGAUUCUGGCAACUGAAUUAAAUAAAUACGGCAUUUUUGACUUUGUGCCAAAAAUGCACACGACCUGUUUCUCAUACAUUCCAAUUGCAAAUAUUAUACAUCAUAAAUUCAAUUUACAGUCAUAAAUAAUUUUUAUCAUGGCGUUUUGAUUUUAUUUAAACCAUAAUAUGGCUUUUCAAUCAAAAUGUGCCAUUUUUGAAAAAAUGAGUUGUUGUGAAUCUUUCGGAGAUUUCCAUUUUCAUCUUUUUUUGAAAACCUUUUUAUUUUUGAUUGAGAAAACUUAUAUUUUGAAGGUUUAUCGGGUCGCCGGUACACUGGGGAGAGCAGCGAGUGUUCUUCUUUGGUCGGGACUCCCACAGACACCGGCCGUUCCUUCACGUUUGGAGCAGCACAGAGGGUCAUGCGAGAAAGGUUCAAUUUUUUUCCUACUUUUUUUAAUUUCCAAUAAACCAAAAAAACUAUUAUAAUGUCACGCUUUUUGAUGGCCCUCACAUUAGUAAUGUAGUGAUGCGGCUUUUUAAUUGCAACAUUGCCAGGGCCAAAUGUUGCGAUACGUUUAAUUAGGCGCCGAAUUGAACUCUGGCCAAACAAAACUCUUCAUUCAAUUGAAAACUUAAAGUCCACAAAGGGCCCGUUAGCGCUCUUAAUGACCAAACUCAUUUUCUCUUCUCUUGAGACGAGGACACAAGUUUUUUUGUGCAAUUUAAGUUUGAAGUUCAAGCUCCAAAAGUUCUGUUUAUUGACAGUAGGGCUACAGUAUGGAAACCUUUUUUUUCUGUUUCAAAGUUUUAUUGAAAAAAGAUGGGGUUUGUACUUUGGAAAUGUACGAAAACAAUCCAAUACCAAAACCGAAUUUCUCAUGCCUCACGAGCUUCCUGGAAAUCAGAUUGCCGUGGCAAAACGUACCAAGGCGUGCAAGAACCAACUAACAGCAAUUCCUUUUUUGAAACCAAGUUAGAUGACCGCUGAGGCUUCUGAUUCUUGUUUGACAAAAUACGCGAUCUCGUGUCCUGAAGCUGUCAUUCCGUACAAAAUGAAGCGCUGCAGCCGGCGAUCUGUUCAUUUUCGUCGUUUCAGGGAUGACCGGAAGCCGUCUGUCACGCAGAACCUCUCUGAAAUCAUGCUAGAGGUGGGUUUUCCCCUAAUUUUCCCCUGAAAAACAUCCUAAUUAUUCCUCGCUAUUUUUUUCUAUAAUUUACGAAUGAAAAAAACUGCCGUUAAAUGGUUUUUACUUCUUCUUUUUUUCUUGCAAUAUCUUUUUCUGUUUCUUUAAACGAUUCAUUUUUUUGAAAAAAACUUUUUUACAUUUAUUGAACAAAUUUUUAAAAAUUCAAAGGUCCACAAUUCUUUUUACUUUUUGAAAAAAAGUCGCAAAAUUUCUGAAAGAUCAUCUGAAUUGUAAUUCGAUUUCGAGUUUUUUUCGCAGAAACUGAAAAAAAUUUUUUGCAAUCUCAAACUACAAAAACCCAAAUCUGUUAUGAAACAGGCUUUAGUUAUUUUUGAUGAAUAAUUGAAAAUUUCCGAAUUUCGCAAAAAAAUUAGCUGCAGCUAAAUUAUUCAUAUAUUAGCAUUUUACUUUACUUUUUCGCUAAUCUCCCAUUUCCUUUUUGACUUCGACCUAUUGACCUGCUCUGAAUAGCUGUUCAACAACAGUUAUGGGCAGAGAGCAUGUCUUUCGGAAUCCGCCACUCGUCUCAUUGCGCUUGGCUAAUUGACGCUUAGACUGGCAAAAACUCGUCAAUCUUCCCUUUUUCGACGUCCUACACGAGAAGUCCUAACUUGGCAUGCGAUUCAGGCAAUACACUAUGAAGAUGUUAGUCUGGUGGAACGUCUUCUAGCCGCCCACAAUUCGAAGCAGCCAAUGUCCACGUCUCCGUCCAUUGGUGAGUUAUUUUGGGCGUUAUUCUCAGAAUGAAAUGAAUUCUCAGAGAUGAAAUUGAUCAUAAUUCCCAAUAAGGGAGGUUUAUUUUUUUGGAAACUGGUAUAGAAAAUUCAUCGAAGUUUGCUGGAAAAGGGUUUUUGAGCGCUGAUUAUAAAUAUACAAAAUCUUGAAUUGAAAAAGUCCUGUUCUAGCCUUUUAAUCGAUUUAUCUCAUUACAAACCUUGGCAUCUCUCUAGUAAAAAAGGUCUCUGAUCCAAUGGUCAUCUUGAAAAGCUUCUUAUUGAGUUUUCGAAAGUCGAAAAGAAAAUUUGAAGGAAUUCUAACUUAAGAGAAUGAUUCAAAAAGAGAAUGAAAAGGUUCAAUUUUUUUUUCCUUUUCGUACAUUUAAAUCACCAAUUUAAAGCUUUUCAUUUCGAAUAUGCGUUAGUUUGUAUCGAAAUACUCCGGGCCUGGAAAGAUCUUAUAGAGACGACACGCAAGCGGAUAUGCGGUCUCGUUCACCUUCUAAAUUAUUAAAAACGUAGAGUUACAAGGAUUUUUCAUUUUCAGGAAGUACGAACACACUCACGGAGUUGGCUCAACGGCGACACGGAGCUGGAGCACAUCGAAGGUCAAACGCCAGCAGCACAGUCUCUACUCAUUCGGGCGGCAGGUUUGUAUAGAAAUCAGUUUUUAGAAUGAAAAAGAAACAGAUUUCAGAUAAAAUCAAGUUCACUAUCUAAACUCAUUGGGUUUUCUUUGUAUUUCACAGCCUCUUUUUUUGGUUUUUUCAUUAAAAUAUCACAGAAAAGCAUAAAAUUCGAGUAAUUUUUGAAUAACUUGAACCUACAAGAAGCGAUCAAAUUCUGGAACUACUAAGCGUUCAAUCUUGAAUUAAGUAUCAUAACUAGAGCUUCAGUUGAGAUACCUCUAAAAAUUGAGGGACAUGAUGGGCAAAAGAAAACUCAAGAGCGCAGUUUUUUCGAAAAAAAAUAUUUCUUAUUAGAUGAUUUGAUACUAAUUAAAUUUGGCUAUAAUUUUUUGUUUUUUUUUUUACGUAGUUUCAUCUCAACUAAGUUGGUCAAGGUGCAGGAAGGACAGCUGGACUUUUCAGAGGCAAUGAAGCCAUGAAAAGCGAUGUUCUGGUGUACUUUCUCAGAGAGUUCUAGGACGGCUUCAAAGGAGCAUUUUCCGAAAUUCAUACUGAUUGUUCCAUUCACGAGUCUUCAGGUCAACAUGUGCCAUGAUGAACACGCUGCACAUGGCGGUGGCGCACAAGCAACGCGACAUCGUCGAACUCCUGCUCAAAAGCGGCUACGAUUCGAACACACCAGCGAGUUGUCAUUGCAAGGGCAACUGCACUGCCACCGGCAAUAUUCCGCUCACUUCCAUUAUUCCCAGGUCUUUUUCGCAUUUAUCGUCUAUAUUUUUGUUUGUUUCGAAUUUCCUUAUCACCCAUUUGUAGUCCACAACCAAUUAAUUGAACUGGAACACUACAAAAUGCUCAAAAAUGGAUGAGCCGUUUGAUAUCUUUGCUAACAAAGGGAAAAUUCGAUGAAUGAUGAGUUUUUCUUCUCAUUUAUCUUCUCGUAAUCACGAAACUGAAUGAAUGUUCGAAAAGCAAAAUAAGACAUCAAUUAUUAUGGAAUUCGGGUGAAAUCCAUAGAAUUCAACUGAUUUUAUAUGGUAGAGAUGAAUGAACUGAUUUUUAAAAGCUAAGAACUAUUUUCUGGACAUUUAUUGAAGCAUUGUGAAAGAAGUUAUGCAUUUUAGAGAGAAAACACUUUGAAGUUAUAUUUUUUUCAAGCUCUUGUUUCACAAAGCGCUUUGUCCUUAGUAGAGCGGCUUCGCAACUUUUUAGUGCGAUAUAAAUAUCUUUUUCCUUUUCAGAACACAUUCCAUGACGCCUGAGCUGUGCUCGACCUGCUCACAACUGCGAGUCGUUUCCAUCGUCGACCAAACGCCGCUCGGCGUCGCGGUUCGAGCUCAGAGCAGUGAGCUCAUCGCUCUGCUCAUCGCUUACGGAGCUGACGUCAAUCUCGGCAAGUUAUUCUCAGAAAAAGGAAUUGGGUAG